GGUCCUUGCAUUAGCUCCUCAGCCCAGCUCAGUCCAAGACUUCAGAAGUCUGUAGAGGCCAGGAUCAGGAACACGCUCGCCAACCAACACACUCAUAUGCAAUGGAAGAAGACAUUGAUGUCACAUCCCAUACUGAGGGUCUGAAUGGUUUGUCCCAUGAAUGUAAACCAUUAGAUGAGAUCACCAAUGGACACUCCAAUCAUAAGCCUGUCAUGAAUGGACUGAUUAUUGGUCAUAAUGUCAAAGACCACACCAACGGCAGCGCACCGCUCAGAUCCCUGCCGAUUUCAGCACUAAAGCAGAAUGGUCUUCUGCAGACCCUGGCAGCUGGAGGGGACCAGCCUAAGCCUACAGAGGAAAAUGUGGAGUUGGAAAUGGCCAGACAGGAGUGGGAUGCUCUGGAGAAUGUCCAACCAGCUCUCACUGAGGACUCGACCCCAACCCCACUCAUCUCCUUCAAUGAAGCCCUGCAGUACUUCCAGACCACAGACCUCGGGGACUUGCUAAAGAACAUCCAGCCAACCAUUCGCAGGACAGGUCUGGCUGCUAUCACACACUUCCUCUUCGGACCUCCACGACUGCACCGGGAACUCUUGGAGGAGAGGGAUCUGGUUUUUGCCAUCGCACAGUGCCCUGUGGACAACAGCCAAACAGUCCACAUGCGUGUCCUGCAGACCAUUUAUAAGAGGCUGAUCGGCAGCAGGCUGGACUGUCCUCGCUAUGGAGCGCACUGGGAAAACAUCGGCUUUCAGGGUACAGACCCGGCCACUGACCUACGUGGCACUGGUUUCCUGGGACUGAUGCAUACUCUGUACUUUGUGAUGGACCCAGAAACUCUGCCUUUGGCUAGAGACAUCUACAAGCUAUCACAACACCCUACACAGAACUUUCCAUUCAGUGUGAUGUCAAUCAACAUGACCCGCAUCGCUCUGCAAGUACUCAGAGAGGAAGCCUUGUCCAAGGAGUGCAAUCGUCGUCAGCAAGUGGUUGGUGUGCUGAAUGAGUUCUACGUUGCCACGUAUCUGCACCUGUACCAAUUGUGGAAGACCCAACAGAAGACCAUUGCUGACUCUGGCUUUGUACUAAAAGAAGUGGAGCUGUUUGCCAAAAAGAACCCCAAGCAGAUGCUGCGCCGACUAGAGGUCUUCCUGAAAGAGAGGCGGGCAGGUGGAAUCCCCCGUGGGACGUCGUCAGACCCUCAGGCCCAACAGCCUUCUCCCAGCCUGGGGGAGCGAGCGGCCAGAGCCGGGGCGGGACAGGGAAGCAAGGGAAAGGAGAUGCACUUCACAGGAGUGUGUGAUCUACCGCCAGACAUGGAGGGAGAGGCCAGACUCAUCUAAGCUAGACUCUGUGUGAGUGUGCGUGUGUGCGUGUGAGCAAUCCUGCUUGUGAGUAUAUCUAUUAGUGUAUUUGCAAGUGGCUUACUCAGCUAGAAGAAGAACCCCACCAGACCCUGAUCUAGGGCCUCCUCUCUAGACCUUUUCAAACACUUCCACUCCUUCCAUUGAUGCUGGGGUGCUGCACUUUUGAUCAGAUUAUGCUUGGGGGUCUCUCAGAGUUAUAUUUGACUUUUUUUUUUAAUUAAUUUAUUUUUUUUAAACAGAUAACAUAGAACAGUCAAAUAUAGAGAGCUAAUGCAGGUCAGAAACACAAGAUGUCACAAAAACAACAAGAAAGUGAAUGUUUGCACUUUUCUGUGGAUUUAGUAGCCAAAUCAAUAGCUGCCAAAUUCUUGUGGAUAAACUCUACCUGCCUAGAAAUCCAAAACAUACACACUUGACUUGUUUUCCAAGGAUCUCUGAGUCAGGUUAUGUUAGCAUUGCAGAGAGGGAGAGAAAGCAUGGAGCGGCUUUUUUAAAAGGCUUGGCUAUUCCUCUCACUCCAAGAUACUGCUCCUUCACAUGAGUAUGCUUACAGCCCAUAAUGCAACUGAAAGGCAGCAUUGUUAGGCAUAUUGUUAAGCGCUCUGUUAACUAAGUGAAAAAAUUAACCAGUUCCAAGCCCUUCUAUAGAGCAAGCAUGAGUAGGUUUUCUCUCGGCAUGAGUUGGGGGAUAGAAAACCGAGAGGGCUUACAGGAGAUUUUGAGUGGGGAGUAGAAAUUGCAAGUAUACGCUGUUGUCAAAAAUCUUACUCAGUGGACUUUGAAUGCAGCUUGCUUUGAAGGUCUAAUCACUUUGCAUUCUCUAUCAGAGUGUGAAAGAAAUAUACGUUAUGUGAAAGAUGUGAAAGAUGUACAAGAAUGGACCCUCAGUCCAGAUGUGUGGAGGUAUAGCCAGUUGUUGGUGUACUCAUAGUGUCUGUUGCCAGGGGUGUGAUAGACUAGGUCCAGAGCUCCCACUUAAUAUGGGGGAAUAUAUUUUAAAUAAUUUUAAAAAAUAACUAUGUUAGUCCUUUCUGAAGGGACAGCUGUCAUAACUUCACAGUUAUGUAUAAAAGCACUUCAGAAUUUUGUUGUUCAACUGAUGGCUGAGUGACCGUGAGAAGGAUUUUUAACACUGUUGAAUUCCUCCUAAACAUCUGAAAGUCUUCUGACUUCUCAACUUGUCACGGUUAAAGCCAAGGAGACACUUCAUAACAGAGUCUGGGUGCUUGGCUUGGUCCCGGCUAAAGUCAAAGGUCUGGUAUGAGCUUUCUCUACAUUCCGUUACAAAGCAUGUGAUUGUAAUUUUUUUGACCAGUUAGAAAUUUAUUCCUGUGUGCGUGUUUGGUGUGUGUGUGUGUGUGUGUGUGUGUGUGUGCGUGCGUGCGCGUGUGUGUGUGUGUGUGUGUGUGUGUGUGUGCGUGCGUGCGCAUGUGGGUGCGUGCGCGUGUGUGCGUGGGUGUGCGCAAGCUUGCUUGUGUGUGUGGUGAAGUGAAUGAGCUGAUAUUGAUGAAGGGUGCCUCUCCUAGGAGAUGUAUGGUACAGUAUGCAAUCCCAGCUCUUACUCAAUGAUAAUCAAAACGAUAGUGCUGUGUGACGAUAGAAAUCGUUCCUAACUUCAGGGUUUGUGUGCUUGUGCAAUUACGUGUGAGUGUGAGCGUGUGUGUGUCGUAUGACAGGAACUGACUACAGAUGGGGUGCUUUCCUCUGCACACAAUAAGCCAGCUUUACUAAGUACUUGAUCCAUCAAGCUGCAAAGACGGUACUUUUGUCAUUUUAAAAAUGGUACAUAACAUUGCUGAAGAUUUGUCUUAAAACAAAGAAUACAUUCUUUGGUUUGCUUUUUUAAAAGCCAGGUGUUGGUUCUGGACACAGCUGGUUUCAGCGGCUCUGUGGCCUGGAAUGGGUAGAGCUCCUCAGCAAAGCUGGUUCCUGCUCUGUGCUAAUGUGAAACCGUCUCCCAUCGUCGUAGUCUCAAUCUGUAGCAUGUUCAGGUAGCACUAGUACUGUAGCAUCCUAUAGCCUCCUCCUCUUCGUAAAGCUUGUUGAUGUCAUGUCUCAGUUACAGUCUGUAGUGUCAAUGAGUGAGCAAACUGUUACUACUAUAGCACAUUCAUGUCAUAUUUUCAUUAAGCCUCCUUCAGUAGACACACGUUAAGGUGGCACAGUGUAUGUUUUGCAGAGAUUUGGGAUAGGCUUGACAUGUUAUUGAGCUCAACCUUGUCUUCUAAGAAGGUGAUGGUAAAAACAGUGCCUACAUCCAGUGCAGCCAUGUGGGGUAGAACGCUGGUUGGUCCUCGCCUCCCUUUUUUUUUUUUUUUUUUUUUUUUUUAAAUUCGUUUGAGCCACCGUGCCACAGUAGACUUCCUCCAUUCAUGUAACGCAGUAAACAGAGUUGUUGUGACCCCUAAAACAUGCAGGCCUAAUAGAUAUAUACACAAACAACACAGGCAUGUAAAUUUUCAAUGUCAACAUCUUCUCAAAUGAAUUGUUCUUUGCCAUCUCCGUUCUCCACCUUAUAACUUCAAAAACGAGCUGAUGUAGUUUUGCCAAUUGUUUGCGAGUGUUUUGAUUGAUCAGGAAAUUUUGCACUGUUGUAGAUCUUUGAUAGUAUGUGUGACGUAUGCAAGAGGAAACAGGCCAUCUUCAAUAGCCAUAAUGUUCAUUAUCGCCCACCUCAUGAAACAGGCUUCGUAGAGUCAGAUUCCCCUCCUCGCUCUAAAAAAUUGCACCAUGGAUAUGAUCUCGCAUUUAGUUUUAUUAAAUUUUAAACUGAGGAGCAGUACAGUGUAUGUAAAUCAGGAAGUUUGUAUAUAGAGAAUUAAUGAUUGUAACUGUAUGAUUGUCUGUAGGGCAUUAUACUGAAACACAUUGCUUACCUCAAGACUUGAGACAAAUCUCUCCUUUCUCUCUCCUGAUGUUUGUUUGGCCUCUCAGUCAGACACCAUCUUUUUAUGUUUCCUUGUACCUAGGCCUUCUCUCAUACCAAUUGGACAUGUUAUAUAAUGUAUAUUCAACACCUGAAGCACUACGUAAUAACAAACUAACACAAAAGCUGGUCGAUGUUAUGUGUAUUCUAUUUAAAGACACAUUUAUAGACACUAUAUAGGCCCACACAUGCUCUGAUGCACAUCUGCAGAUAAAAAACAAACCCCUUUUUAAAACGACCUAUAAUUGGCUGAUGUUUACCAUGUUGAAAUAAGCUGGUUUUCUUGUGGCUUCAGUGAUAGUACAGUAUACUUUUGCUGUGUUUAAGUGUUUGAUGUCAGGAAAACACUCAGAAACAAUCCUGUCUUCACAGCUACAGUCACAAGCAAACUGUUCAAUAUAUGAUUGUAAAGAUAUAGGCUUGAUUAGCAGUCAUAAUACUGUGUAUGCUUUGACCUUGGUAUAUAUUCAGUAUCCAAACAAGGCCUGAUUUAUCCUCUCAUAUUACCAAAAGUUAUAUUUUCAGCAGUUGUAAUAGAUCAUAUUCUUAUGCGUUGAUCAUCAUUUGGAAUCUCCUCAGUUGUGAAACCAGAACCAAGAGAGAAAAAAAACAAAAAAACAAAAAACAAACAAAAAAAAACAAAACACGGGUUCUUGCGGGAUGUCGUAUGCUCUGAGAGGUGUGCUCUGAAGUUCUGCUUCCUACAGCAGCAGCUCGGCAAAUACAAUCACUUCUCUCAAUAUCCUGCGCUUUAUAUGAAGGUGUUUUACUGUUGCUGUCGUCGUCAUGUCCCUCAGAGCAUUUUAUGACUGUACCUUGAUUGUAGAAGCCCUAUUUUAUACUGAGAGUUAUUUCAGAAUACAGUAUGUGCUGUUGUACAUUAAAUGUAUUGUAUGGAGAAAGCUAAAUAAAUGCUGUUUAAAAACUA